ACCAAUUUCUUCUAGUCAAAUUUAAAACAGCAAUUGUUUCGGCAACUGAAUAUCUUGUACAUUCGUUAUACUCUUAUAAAGUACAAAUUGGUGCUAAUAUUCAGAACGUAAGAAAAAUGGAAGUUAAAAAAAUACAUGAAUUUAUGGAAUUGGUUGGACGCCUUAAGCACAUGAAAAGAACAGGAUGGGUAAUAAGAAACAUUCCUGAUCCGGAAACAAUAGCAGGACAUAUGUACAGGAUGGCCAUUCUUUCUUUAUUAACAGAUAGCAAUAAUAAUUUGGAUAAAAACAAAAUAUUGCAAAUGACAAUAAUUCAUGAUUUAGCUGAAUGCAUUGUUGGAGAUAUAACACCUUUCUGCGGUGUCUCUCCUGAAGAAAAACAUAAACGAGAAGAUGCUGCAAUGGAAGAAAUCUGUCAACUUUUAGGCGACAAAGGGCCAACUAUAUUACAAAUGUUUCGUGAAUAUGAAAGACAAGAAUCUCCAGAAGCUCAAUACGUAAAAGACUUGGACAGGUUGGACUUAAUUAUGCAAGCGUAUGAAUAUGAGAAACGAGAUAAUAUUCCUGGCCAAUUACAGGAAUUUUUUACAUCGUCAGUAGACAAAAUUAAAAAUCCUUUCGUCAACAAGAUUGCAACAGAAAUUAUUAUCGAAAGAAAUCGUUUAUUUCCCAAUUUAAGUGAAACCGAAUAACAAAGUUGAUUAUAAAAUACAUUUCAUUUUUAUACGCAUAAGUUUAAUAUACCAUUUAACAUACUAA